CCCCUCUCUCUGGCUGGCCGGCUGCGCGGCUUCUCAAGGGAACCUGUCUCGCGGCCCGGGAGCUUUGCUUCUUCCUGUGAAGGCCUCGCUGUGCAGCUACUUCUCCUUCCGCUCCUGCGACUCCCGGGACGGCGAGAGGCCAGCGGAAGGUGCGCGGACACCGAGUCCCGAGGUGACCGGCGUAGCCAUGUCGCUGUGGGGGCAGCCGCUGCAGGCCUCACUUCCCCUGGCUGUGCAGCAGCCCCCGACCGCACCCUCGGGACCUUCGACCUCCCCUCCAGCCGGCGCAACCCUCAACCGCCUGCCGGAGCCGCUGCUGCGGAGGCUCAGCGAGAACUUGGACCGCGCUCCGGAGGGCCGGGGCUGGCGGCAACUGGCGGAGCUGGCGGGCAGUCGGGGACGCCUCCGGCUCAGUUGCCUGGACCUGGAACAGUGUUCUCUUAAAGUAUUGGAGCCAGAGGGAAGCCCGAGUUUGUGUUUACUGAAACUAAUGGGUGAAAAAGGAUGCACAGUCACAGAACUGAGCGACUUCCUACAGGCUUUGGAACACACUGAGGUUCUGCAGCUCCUCAGCCCCCCAGGAUUAAAGAUCACCGUAAACCCAGAAUCCAAAGCAGUUUUGGCUGGACAGUUUGUAAAACUGUGCUGCCGGGCAACUGGACAUCCUUUUGUACAAUAUCAAUGGUUCAAAAUGAAUAAAGAGAUCCCAUAUGGAAAUUCAUCAGAACUUAUUUUUAACACCGUGCAUGUAAAAGAUGCAGGCUUUUACGUCUGCCGGGUUAACAACAGUUCCACCUUUGAAUUUAGCCAGUGGUCACAGCUGGAUGUGUGUGAUGUGGCAGAAGUGACAGACAGCUUCCAGGGAAGUAUGGAUGGCAUCUCAGAUUCCAAAUUGCAAAUCUGUGUGGAACCAAGGUCCCAAAGGCUGAUGCCAGGCAGCGCGCUGUCGCUACAGUGUGUUGCUAUUGGAAGUCCUAUGCCUCACUACCAGUGGUUCAAAGAUGAAUCACCAUUAACACAUGAGACAAAAAAGCAUUACACGGUUCCAUUUGUGGAUCUAGAACAUGAAGGAACCUACUGGUGUCAUGUAUACAAUGACCGAGACAGUCAAGAUAGUAAGAAGGUAGAAAUCAUCAUAGGAAGAACAGAUGAGGCAGUGGAGUGCACUGAAGAUGAAUUAAAUAAUUUGGGGCAUCCUGAUAAUAAAGAACAAACUGGCCAGCCUUUGGGUGAGUUAAGUUUAACAAAGGACAAAGUUGCUCUUUUGAUAGGAAAUAUGAAUUACUGGGAGCAUCCCAAGCUUAAAGCUCCUUUGGUGGAUGUGUAUGAAUUGACCAACUUAUUAAGGCAACUAGAUUUCAAAGUUGUUUCAUUGUUGGAUCUUACUGAAUACGAGAUGUGUAAUGCUGUGGAUGAAUUUUUACUACUUUUAGACAAAGGAGUAUAUGGGUUGUUAUAUUAUGCAGGGCACGGUUACGAAAACUUUGGGAACAGUUUUAUGGUCCCUGUUGAUGCUCCAAAUCCAUAUAGGUCUGAAAAUUGCCUAUGCGUUCAAAACAUACUGAAAUUAAUGCAAGAAAAGGAGACUGGACUGAAUGUGUUCCUGUUGGAUAUGUGUCGGAAAAGAAAUGACUACGAUGAUACCAUUCCAAUCUUGGAUGCACUGAAAGUCACUGCCAAUAUUGUGUUUGGAUAUGCCACGUGCCAAGGAGCAGAAGCCUUUGAAAUCCAGCAUUCUGGACUGGCAAAUGGAAUUUUUAUGAAAUUUUUAAAAGAUAGAUUAUUAGAAGACAAGAAAAUUACUGUGUUACUGGAUGAAGUUGCAGAAGAUAUGGGUAAGUGUCACCUUACCAAAGGCAGACAAGCUCUAGAGAUUCGCAGCAGCUUGUCUGAAAAGAGAGCGCUUACUGAUCCCAUCCAGGGGGCAGCGUGCUCUGCAGAGGCGCUGGUGCGGAACCUGCAGUGGGCCAAGGCUCACGAACUUCCAGAAAGUAUGUGCCUUAAAUUUCAGUGUGGCGUUCAUAUUCAAUUAGGAUUUGCUGCCGAGUUCUCCAAUGUUAUGAUAAUCUAUACAAGUAUAGUCCACAAACCACCUGAGAUAAUAAUGUGCGAUGCCUAUGUUACUGAUUUCCCUCUCGACCUCGAUAUUGAUCCGAAGCAUGCCAACAAGGGGACUCCUGAGGAAACUGGCAGCUAUCUAGUAUCAAAAGAGCUCCCCAAGCACUGCCUCUAUACUAGACUCAGCUCACUGCAGAAGCUAAAGGAACAUCUGAUCUUCACAGUCUGUUUGUCGUAUCAGUAUUCAGGACUGGAAGACACUGUGGAGGAGAAACAGGAGGUGAAUGUGGGGAAGCCUCUUAUUGCCAAGCUAGACAUGCAUCGAGGCUUGGGCAGGAAGACUUGCUUCCAAGCCUGUCGUAUGCCUGACGAGCCUUACCACAGCUCCACAUCUACCUCAGCAAGAACAGGGCAUUUCCCUUCCUCUCAGGACUCGUUCCAUGACGUGUACCAUUCGCAUCUUGGUAAUGCAGACAGUGGUAUGCCACCAGACAGGUGUCAUAACAGCCGGACUCCACACGCAUUCAUAUCAAAUUAUCCCCCCCACCACUACUGCCAGUUUGGUAGAAGUAAUGUGCCUGUAGAGACAACUGAUGAAAUGCCAUUCAAUUUUUCUGACAGGCUUAUGAUUUCUGAAAACUGACCUUGAUGUUUUUGAAAAUCAGAAUAGUUACAAUAAUCUCACAUAAAUUAAUGCUCAUAUAAAGUAAGGUAUGGUAAAAAGACAAACAUAUGUAUGGAGAGAAAAGUAGCAACAACUGUUUUUACAGCAUUCUCUCAGGAAUAUGAGACAUUAGAAUUACAUUAUUUAAGCUGGAUAGUGAUGUACAUACCUUUAAUCUCAGCACUCAGAAGGCAGAGGAAGGGGAAGAUCUCAGAGUCUGAGACCAGCCUGGUAUACAGAGUGAGUCUAGGACAGCCAGAAAUACACAGAGAAACUCUAACAAAAACAAAAAAAAAAUCACAUUAUUUAGCUAGAGUAUCUCUUGCUUUUGUACUGUUUUAAGGCUUUGUGAAUUAAUUUAUUUUGUAAGAAUAAAGUAUGGGGCCUGUAAAUACUGCUCAGUGGUACAGUGUCAGCUAACGUGGAAGACCCUGGCUUGCUCAUCAUUAUUGGAGGGAAAAUGAGUUCUUAGAGUAAAUAUGUAUAUCAGAUAUUUUCAUCUUGCCCACUCAAAAGAGCCAAGAGAACAGCAUUACUUUGAUUGAGUUAUGUUGUUAGCACUGAAAAAGAAUCCUUUUUCUUUCAGUUUAUUUAUGUGUCUAUGUGGGGCCCUGAGUAUGUAUGCGUGCUAGUGGAGACCAGAAGAGGGCAUCGGAUCCUGGAACUGGAAUUACAGGCAGGUGUGAGCCCUCAGUGUGAGCAGUAGGAACUGAGCAUACUCCCCUCCAAGUGCUCUUAAAAUCUCUCAACUGCAAAAAGAACCUUUCAGUCGUUGGGCUUAGUAACUUCAUUUUAUCAAUGAGAGAAACAGAGGCAAGCUGUCUUACACUGGAGCACAACUGAAGUCUCUCAGUUCUGGUCUCACAUUUCUCUUCCACUGCUUUCUACUCUAUAAGUGGUUUGGCCAUUUAAAAAAAAAAAAAAAAGUCUUAGAGUAUGGAGAUGCAUGCCUUUAAUCCCAGCACUGGGGAGGCAGAGGCAAGUAGAUCUCUGUGAGUUCAAGACCAUCCCAGUCUACAAAGAAAGUCCAGAACAGCCAGGGCUACACUGAGAAACCCGUCUCAAAAACCAAAGAAAGAAAAAAAAAAGUCUUAGAACUAAGGUGAUGGCGGUUAAUAGAGUGCCUGAUGCAAAGUGUAGAGACUAGAGAUUGGAUCCCCAGCACCUACAUGAAAGGUUGCGACAUAGGCAAAUCCUUGAGCUGGGUGGCUAGCCAAAUCAAUGAACUCUAGGGUCAGGGAAAGACUCCGUCUAAAAUAAGGUAGAAAGCACCUGAGGAAGACAACCAGUGCCGACCUUGGGGGCCAGGUGUGUGUGUGUGUGCUAGCACAGCGGACAGGACUGCCUUGGCGUUUCUGCUGCUGUGAUAAAACACCACGACCAAAAGCAACUUGGGGAGGAAAAGGUUUAUUUCAGCUCACAACUCAGGUCAUACUCCAUCAGCAAGGGAAGUCACUGAUGCAGAGGCCAUGGCCGAGUGCUGCUUACUGCCUUGCUCUCCAGGGCUGGCUCAGCCUGCUUCCUUAGAGCAUGUAGGACCAACAACCCACAGUGGGCUGGCCCUCCUGUAUUGCUCAUCAACCAAGAAAAUGCACCACAGGCCCAACAGGCCAAUCUGAUGAAGGCACUUCCUCGGUUGAGGUUCCUCUUCCAAAGUGACUAGUUUGUAUCAUACUAACAGAAAAGCAGCCAGCAUGUGGAUCCUUCCCCCAACAUCUUUAAAGUGUGUGACCUUUCAAGUCUGGCUUGAGCAUAAAGGAGCCAGGUAACCUUGUCAAUAAGUCACAAAUUCUUGUCAAAUCCCAUAACCAGAGCUUAGGUAGUUGCUGUGUACAUGGACACAAGUUUAACAUGCCUAUUGUUUUACUUUUGUGGGCUUUUCCUAACAAACAGCCUAGUGUAUUGUAAUUUGCUUCCUAUUACCUGAACUUCCAUUGGUACGCAUAUUGUCAUUGCUUUUAGCUGCCAGCUGAUAGCAAACAGAAGAUGGGGUUAGGUUCCCAGUACCCACCAGGCAGAUCACAACCUUCCGACAUCCAGUUCCAAGGGAUCCAAUGGAAAGACAAGACACACAUGGGUACACAGGCAGACAAAUACCCAUACACCUAAAAAAUAUGAGAAUGUAUAUGUUCCAUUGUAUAAUUGACUACAUUUCUCAAGUAAACCCUGACAUUUUAAUUCAUACUUUGAUACCAUAAGUUUUAUCCCAGUCUAGCUAAAGAAUAUUUUUAAAAAAUUUACACCCAGAACUACAUGACAUAUUUUUCAUAUGGACAAACUAUUCAUACAUAAAAAUAUACCUAAGACAUGGGAGUGGCGUGUGAGUAUGCAUACAUACUGUCUUUUCCAACUUGACAGCAGUGAAAAAGUUUGAGUGCACAGGACACAAAGUUUGGCUUUACUGACGAAGAGGCUCCGUUCCAUGGAUAGUGACUAUUCUCUGUACAGUCUCAGGUGACAGGCUAACAUCAGAGGGCCUAUAACACUUCACAGAGUUGGCAGUACUAAAUGAAACUAUUCCUGUAAAGUGCCACCAUUCUAGUCAGAUGAAGUAGCUCAUACCUACAAUCUGGCAUUCGGGCUGAGACAGAAUUGUCAUAAGCAGGAGCUAGCCUGAGCUACAUUGUUGAGUUUCAGAAGCCUGGGCACUAUAUAGAAUGAGAUUCAUCUCAAACAAAACUAAAAACUCUCAGUCUUCAAAAGGAUCAAGUUGUUCAAACCUGAUAUUCUCAGAACCAUCCCUAUAUAGGCAGAGUGGUUGUUAUUGAUGUUUUAGUGUAUUUUCAUAAGAUUGGCAAUGUAUAAACUAGAGAGACUGCCCAGCAGUUAAGAGCACUAACUGCUCUUCCAAAGGACCCAGUUUGACUUCCAAUACCACAGGUUGGCUUGUAGCUGUCUGUAACUCCAAUUUCACAAGAUCCUGUACUCUUUCUGGCCUCCAAGAUCACCAGGCAUGCAUAGACAUAUAUGCAUGCAAAACACCCAUGCACAUAAAUUUUUAAAUUAAAAAAAAAAAAUAGGCCAGGUUACAGGUGCAUACCUUUAGUACCAGCACUCAGGAGGCAAAGCUAGGGAGAGCUCUCAGUCUGAAGCCCACCUGGUCUACAUAGAGUUCCAGGACAGCCAAAGCUAUGCAGAAAAACCCUGUCUCAGGGCAAGAGGGGACUAAAUUAAUUUAAAAGAUAAGUUAUGGGGGCUGGAGAGAUGGCUCAGAGGCUAAGAGCACUGGCUGCUCUUCCAGAUGUCCUGAGUUCAAUUCCCAGCAACCACAUCGUGGCUCAUAGCCAUCUAUAAUGAGAUCUGGUGCCCUUUUCUGGCCUAUAGGCAUUCAUGCAGGCAGGACACUAUAUACAUAAUAAAUCUUUAAAAAAAAAAAAAAGAUAAGUUAGAGUUGAAUUGUAUUCACUCCAGAAUUACUUUGUAAAAACAAAAAUGUGUCUUUAACAUGACCAGUUGUUACUGUAUAAAAUAUUCUGUAUAGCAACCCAGAACAGCAUAACAGUUUAUCUACAUAGGGAUUAUAUUUUUGUUUGCUUAGCUGUGUUUUCCUAAUUGUAUAUACUGAACAACUGUUGUGUAACUUAAAACACAGACGAAUGUGGUUAUUAUAAAGAUGCCCAGCUUUGAUAGCAUUCUCUUGAAACAUGUUUGUCUUUCUAUAAACACACUCUUAAUAUAUGAGCA